AUGGGUCUUUCCUCUCUUUGUUUUGCUUCAGGGGUUUCGAAGAGUGAGGGUUCAUCCGGUAGCUUGGGGAGCAAGCUAAAUGUGAGCGAGGAGUACAAGGAAGCAUUCCGCACGGAGUCUUAUGUACAAAUGUGGACGGAACUCCAAACCAAGCUAAUCGACCGCCGCCACUCGUCCUCGUCAUCUUCCUCUUCCACAUCAUCCUCAUCGUCCACCAUACCUCCGGGAUACCUACUCCGGCCCCAGCCGGAGCAGGAAACCAUCACCCAGUUAGUAGAAAGGUUCGAUUGCCACAGGCUUCUGAUCGACUAUUUCGAGUCGAGCUCAGAAGCCUGUGAUCUCUGCGAGUUGCUCCUCCUGUCGGUGCAAAGAACUCGCUUGCAUUAUGCCAAUAUCACGAGGGUGAUCAAGACGAGCCAGGGGGUAGAAGGUUUUACCUGCAAGGUCUCUGCAGGGAUGUACAGAGACCUUGCUUCGUACGCAAGGCACGCGAACCCUUUGAGUCUCGUCAGACCGGUCCAGUUUCAAGAGGUUCAUAAUGGGAACACGUUGCUCCUGCGAGAGCUGACUCGAAAGAAGAAGAGUAUUCGGAGGAGGGCCAAGGCGAAUCGGAUCUUGAGGAAGGUUGGUGGAUGUGGGCUAGUGGUCCUCCACAUGACACUAGUGGUUUCCAUGCUUGUGAUUGCCUUACAUAGCUUUGUGGGGAUUGUGGCGGCACCAGCUAUUGUAGGUUGUUCAUCCUCUUGCUUGUUGGCCAAGAAAGGAAAGAGGAGAGCAUCGUUGGUUAUUCAUGGGCGGCUCAAUGUGGGCCUGAUGGAGAGAGUGUGCAGGCAGUUGGAUCUAGCAGCAAAGGGGACGUUCAUCCUCAUUAACGAUUUCGACACAAUGAGCAGGCUAGCAACGAGCCUAAACAACGAGGCGGAGCACAGGAAAGUGCUCUCCGCGAUGUGUGUGAGGAACAACAAGAACGAGGAGCUGUUGAGGCUGGUGGUAAGGGAGCUUUGCGACCACAAUGCUUGCUACCUUGAACAGCUAGAAGAGCGCGAGGAACAUGUGUAUUUGUGCUUUCAUACGAUUAAUCGGUCGAGGAGGUUCGUAAUGCAAGAGAUGAUGAUUGGGGAGGAAGAGUUCGGGUUUGAGGGCAAAGAGGAAAAGGUGAAGGAUUAUGAUGGUGAUAGUAAAAUUGAUUAG